AGAUUUUGAUUUGGUAACAUUUCAGACAUUUUAACUAAAUAAUUCCCAUGCUUUUGGCUUUCUACAACAUCAAAUGUAUUUUUUCAAGUAUAUUUAAAUUUAAAUUCAAUUUAAAGAUGAGAAAUUAAACGGAAAUAUCGUUAAAACUGGGUGAAAAAGUCUAGAAAGGUCUAGAAGUGGGGAGGCCAUUCUAGGCCUUUGAACAAUCGAUUACAGCUCAGCUAUAUAAAUUCAGCCGGCUCGUCCCCACCAUCAUUUGUUCUUGUAACGGACAACCGAACACGUUUUUUAGUCAACAAUUCGACUUUACAAACAACUUGAAUAUAAGCUAAAAAAAUGUCGUUGCUGCCGGUUUUGUUGAACGAGCUGCUUGAUGAUUACCGCAGGCCUGUUUACGACUUAAGCGAUCAGCAUUUCGGUCUCGGUCUUUUGGACGAUGACCUGAGACCUACCAGGCUGCUUAAGACUCCACUGAGAUGCGGCUACGUCCGACCAUGGAGGAACCUUUCUGCAGGGGAUUCCGGACUCUCGUCCAUCGUCUCGAACAAGGACGAGUUUAAAGUCAACUUAGACGUGCAGCAGUUCAAGCCGGAAGAGCUUAAAGUAAAAGUCGAGAAUGACAUGAUUGUCGUCGAUGCGAAGCACGAGGAAAGGUCGGACGAGCACGGCUUCAUAUCGAGACAGUUUACGAGGAAAUACAAGAUCCCGAAGGAUGUAGACCUUAACGGUCUUAAAUCGAAUCUUUCUUCUGAUGGUGUUCUCACACUCCAAGCUCCUAAGCUGGUUACGAAGGAAAGCAUGGGCCGUGAGAUUCCCAUAAUCCACACCAAUGCCCCAGCAGUGAAACAAAACAAAGAAAAAGCUCCUGAAAAAGAGAAACCUUCAUCAUAAAACUAAUGAGAAUUUUCAGACUGUUCCUUUUUAUAAGUUUGUAAAAAAAAGUGUUCUCGAUAUUGUAAUGUACCUAUUGGUUUAGUAUUAGUAUUAUCUUACUACUAAAUAACACGACUGUCUUGUCUUCUUGUCUAUCGUAAUUAUAUUUAAUGUAAAUUUUGA